UGAGCGAGCCCCGGGGACAGUAGCGGAGCUGGUGCCGAGGAGAAGGUGUUGGUGCUGAUGCGGGAUGGCAGCGAGAAGCUGAGGAUGCAGAUGCUAAGCCGGCAAGCACCGCUGUCUGUUUCGCAGGAGCGCCCGCUGACUGACCUUGAGAAGUUAAUGCAUUGAUCUUGAAGUGUUAUUAUCAUCGCCAGUAUCAGUUUAUUUUCUUUUAAAUGUAACGCUCACAGUUGCACAUCUUGAUUCAGAAACCGUAGCAUCUUUAGUGACUAAAGAGGAUUGCAGUGCAUUGAUUGCUGCCAUGUUCAGCGAGAGGUGAAGGGCUCCUCCCGCAUUCUCCGCGUUGGAUCUAUUCCCUUUUACCUCCUCGGAGGUUUGCUGGUGAUCCCGCAUUGUUGCUGGCAAAAGGCGAGAGAUGGCGGACCCAGCUGAAUGCAGCAUUAAAGUAAUGUGCCGAUUCAGGCCGUUGAAUCAGUCAGAGAUCCUGAGAGGAGACAAGUUCAUCCCGAAAUUUAAGGGCGACGACACAGUCAAUCUUCUUGGGGAAAACCCUUUCGUAUAUGACAAAGUGUUUACUCCGAACACAACCCAGGAACAAGUUUACAAUGUAUGUGCCAAGCAGAUUGUUAAAGAUGUGCUUGACGGUUACAAUGGGACUAUUUUUGCCUAUGGUCAAACAUCCUCCGGCAAAACACACACCAUGGAGGGAAAACUUCAUAAUUCGCAGCUGAUGGGCAUUAUUCCAAGGAUAGCUCAUGACAUCUUUGACCACAUCUACUCUAUGGAUGAGAAUCUAGAAUUUCACAUCAAGGUUUCCUAUUUUGAAAUCUAUUUAGACAAAAUCCGGGACUUGUUGGAUGUUUCAAAAACAAACCUUUCAGUACAUGAGGAUAAAAACAGAGUACCUUUUGUUAAGGGCUGCACAGAGAGGUUUGUUUCUAGUCCUGAGGAGGUGAUGGAUGUUAUUGAUGAAGGAAAGGCGAACCGUCAUGUUGCUGUUACCAACAUGAACGAACACAGCUCUCGAAGCCACAGCAUUUUCCUCAUUAACAUUAAGCAGGAGAACAUUGAAACAGAAAAGAAACUCUCUGGAAAGCUGUACCUUGUGGAUUUAGCUGGUAGUGAAAAGGUCAGCAAAACCGGAGCUGAAGGAUCCGUCCUGGAUGAAGCUAAAAAUAUCAACAAGUCUCUCUCUGCUCUGGGGAAUGUGAUCUCUGCUCUGGCGGAGGGAACUAAAACGCAUGUUCCAUACCGUGACAGUAAGAUGACCCGAAUUCUUCAAGAUUCCCUUGGUGGCAACUGCCGAACCACCAUAAUUAUCUGUUGCUCACCCUCCAAUUUUAAUGAUGCAGAAUCGAAAACAACCCUGAUGUUUGGGCAGAGAGCCAAGACCAUUAAGAACACUGCAUCCGUCAACCUGGAGUUGACGGCAGAGGAAUGGAAGAAGAAAUACGAGAAGGAAAAAGAGAAGAACAAGUCCCUGAAGAAUGCUCUACAGCACCUGGAGAUGGAGUUAAACAGAUGGAGAAAUGGUGAGUCUGUACCCGAGGAUGAACAAAUUGACGCCAAGGAUCAGAAGAACUUGGAGCCUUGUGACAACCAGACCACCAUAGACAAUGUGGCUCCGGCCCCCAAAAUCACGGCAGGGGAGAGGGUGAAGUUGGAGGAAGAGAUCAGCAAUUUGUACAAGCAGCUCGAUGACAAGGAUGAAGAGAUAAAUCAGCAGAGCCAACUGACAGAGAAUCUAAAGCAGCAGAUGCUGGAUCAGGAGGAGCUGUUGGUUUCCACGCGGCGGGAUUAUGAAAAGAUCCAGGAGGAACUGAAUCGCCUGCAGCUGGAAAAUGAAGCUGCCAAAGAUGAGGUGAAGGAGGUACUUCAGGCCUUGGAGGAACUGGCUGUCAACUAUGACCAGAAAUCCCAAGAAGUGGAGGACAAGUCCAAGGCCAACGAACUGUUGACUGAUGAACUCUCACAAAAAACGAGUACUUUAAUAGUUUUUCAGAAAGAAUUCAACCAACUCCAGGAGCUGAGCAACCAUCAGAAGAAGAGGGCAACCGAGAUACUGAAUAUCUUGUUGAAGGACCUGGGAGAAAUCGGUGGGAUCAUUGGAAACAGUGAAGUCAAACUGAUGGCAGAAAUGAAUGGUGUGCUGGAGGAAGAGUUCACAGUUGCUCGUCUGUACGUCAGCAAAAUGAAGUCUGAAGUCAAGACCUUGGUGAAGCGGGCCAAGCAGCUGGAGAGCACGCAGCUGGACUGCAAUAAAAAACUGAAUGAGAACGAACGGGAGUUGGCAGCAUGUCAACUUUUGGUGUCGCAGCAUGAAGCCAAGAUAAAAUCGCUGACAGAUUACAUGCAGAAUGUGGAACAGAAGAGAAGACAGCUGGAGGAGUCCCACGAUUCACUGGAUGAAGAGUUAGCUAAACUCCGCGCCCAAGAAAAGAUGCAUGAAGUGAGCUUUCAGGACAAAGAAAAGGAGCAUCAGACCUUGCUUCAAGAUGCCAAUGAAAUGAAGAAAACCCUGGAAGAGCAAAUGAAGAACCACAGAGAGGCCCAUCAGAAACAACUGGCUCGCCUGAGGGAUGAAAUUGAUGAAAAGCAAAAAAUCAUCGACGAACUGAAAGAUUUGAACCAGAAACUGAUGCUGGAACAAGAGAAAUUGAACUCUGAUUUUGAUAAGUUAAAAAUGGAAGAGCAGGAAAAAAGUGUGGAGCUACAGAAACUUGUACUUCUUAAUGACAAAAGAGAGCAAGCAAAACAGGACCUCAAGGGGCUGGAAGAGACAGUUGCAAAAGAACUCCAAACUCUUCAUAACCUCAGAAAACUUUUUGUUCAGGACCUCACCACUCGGGUCAAGAAAAGCACUGAACUGGACUCAGAUGAUGGAGGGGGGAGUGCUGCACAAAAACAGAAAAUAUCCUUUCUUGAGAACAACCUGGAGCAGCUUACAAAGGUUCACAAGCAGCUGGUUCGUGACAAUGCAGAUCUUCGUUGUGAGCUUCCUAAGCUGGAAAAACGACUUCGGGCUACAGCUGAGAGGGUUAAGGCAUUGGAGAGUGCACUGAAGGAAGCCAAGGAGAGUGCGAUGAGGGAACGCAAGCGUUACCAUCAGGAGGUCGACCGAAUCAAGGAAGCAGUCCGGGCCAAAAACAUGGCCAGGCGGGCACAUUCAGCUCAGAUUGCAAAACCUAUUCGCUCUGGCCAUUAUCCUGCAUCCUCUCCAACAGCCUUUCAUGCUAUCCGUGGUGGUGGAGUAUCUGUGACCUCAAACCCUAGUUACUAUCAGAACAAGGACAAGUAGUAAGUAGAAUGCAGCCCACUCCAAUUUGGUAAAGCUGUGGAUUGAAUUCAACCUUGGAUGGAUGGAGUGUUGAUGCUGUGGGACGUGCUUCUAAAAAUAAUGUGAAUUGCAUGACGUUGAAAGAUUAAUUUAUUUCCUGUCUAUCUAAAACUAGAAACUGCCUCUGGCAAUGUUAGCAGAUGAAUGUUUAAUAAAUAUGGACGGCAUAUGUCUGCUACUGUGGCAUAGUUGUUAUAAGAUAACACGUUAAAGCCAGCAAGGUCCUGGUGUCACAUUAGCAUGCUUUACCAGUUAGCCUUGACGUUGGGACCUACUAGUAAAUCCAUCUACCAUUGUUUUCUUUUGCCUAGAAAUAACAUCUGCUUUCAGGUCUGUGCCAGGUGAGCUACUCCAUUAUACAAUUCAAGCCAGUCUAAGUUUGUAACAAGAUCUAGAUCAGUUAGGAAGGUGGGUCAAGGAAUGACAAAUGGAAUUUAACUCUGCCAAGUGUGAGGCGUGGCAUGUCAAACCAAGGUAGAACUUGUACGGUAAAUGGUAGAGCAAUGAAGAGCAUUGCAGAACAGAGAAAUCGGGGAAUAUAGGUGCAUAGUUCCCCAAAAGUGGUGAGUCGGGUAGAGUAAAGAAGGCAUUUGGCAUGUUUUCCUUCAUUGGGAAGGGUGUUGAGUAAGUUGGGACAUCAUGAUACAGUCGCACAGGGUGUUGGUGAGACAACACUUGGAGUAAUGUAUGCAGUUCUGGUCACCCAACUAUAAGAAGGAUGACAUUACGUUGGAGGAGAUUUAGCAGAAUGUUACCUGGGCUUGCAGGCUUGAGUUAUAGGGGAAGUUUGGAUUGGAUGGGACUUUCUUCUUUGGAUUGCAGGAAGCUGUGGGCUGAUCUUAUUAAAGUGUACAGGAUCGUGAGUGGCAUGGAUCAAGUGGAUGUUCACAGUCUUUUAGCCAGGAUACAGGAUUCUAAAACUGGAGUGCAUAGGAUUAAGAUGAGAGGGGAGAGAUUUAAGGGGAAUUUCAGGGCACUCAGAGAAUAGUUGAUAUCUGGAAUGAACUGCCCAAAGAAGCUAUAGAAGGGGGUACAAUUGCAACUUUCAAAAGACAUUUGGGCAGGUAUGUGGAUAGGCAGGGUUUAGCAGUACACAGGAUAAAUGCAGGCACAUGUAACUAACUUGGUCGGGUUGGCUAAGGUGGGUUGAAGGGCCUGUUUCCGUGCUGUGUGACGCUGAGCUCACCCAUUGUCAUGCUCGUGGCACUAAUUGGGUUGAUUUGAAUUGGCUUUAGCUUGAAGAAUGUGUACAGUGUAGGCAAUUAAUUUUGGGCUUGGGAGUUAUGGUUAAAUGGCCACUGUAAAUUGCCCCUAGUGUGUCAGAAUCUGAGGGAGUUGGGGAGAAAGUGGGGAGAAUAAAAUGUAGAUUGGAGUAGAUGUGUGGGUGAUGUUUGGCACAGAUCCAGUGGGCCAAAGGGCCUGUUUCUGUGCUUUAUGAUCUAACCUGUGUACACACACUGAACUUUUUUCUCGUUUAUUAUAUUGUUUACAGUGUACUAUGUUUACAUAUUCUGUUGUGCUGCUGCAAGUAAGAGUUUCAUUGUUCUACCUGGGUCAUGUGACAAUAAAACACUCUUGACUUGACUUGGCUCUCUUUAAUUCCAACUGCCCUGGAAAAUCCAGUCUCGCACAGUAACUGGAAAUUAUUGGAUGGCACAUAUAUGGUAAUGCCGACAAUGGCCACCAGGUGGCAUUUAAUACAUACUGCACUUGGAGAAGAUAGUGUCGCAAAUGUAUUGUGUGGAGUUAGUUUAACUAAGUAAUAUUAACUUUUGGCAAGCUUCUGCUCUUGUGGGUUAAUUCUCAUUGAAUGCAAAAGAGUGACAAUGGUCUUGUUGACCUUUCUGUCAUGUCUCCCUGCCAGAUUUGUAAACAAUGGAAAUUCAAAUUUAUCAUUUCCAGACUUGGGAAUGAUUUUUACACGUGACUGCAGUAAUAUUAGGUAGAAAAGAGCUAUACAUGUGGUGACUUUACAAAGUUUUGUUCCAGACUUUAAUCAUUUAAUUAUUACCUGAACAAUUUGGUAGCUCAAUUUGUUUGCACCUGGGCCAGUUAUCCCCAGCUAUUAUGGGAUUGAUUUUAAAUGCCUUCUGGAGUUAAUGAGAUAGGUAUUCAUUUUGUCUCUUAAUUGUUGUAAUGAUCUUAAAUGGAUACACACAGUUUUGUCAAAUUUUAUAAUGGAUACAACUAUCUCCUGCAUUUUCAUCACCUCACCCAUCUGAGCAGUAUAACCAGAGAACAGGAGUGCUGUAUCACAUAGGAACAAUAAUUCAAGGUGCAAAUGUCUUUUAAAUGUUGUUAUUGUACAACAAUGCUCUUAUUGUACAGCAGUUGCUCUAUUCCUACUGCCCUAUAUAAUUGAAAUUCUCCAGUGAAUUUGU